CCGCCCCCCCCCGGCGUCCCCGGUGCCGGGCGUGAGUCCGGAAGUGGCCACGACCCAGGCUGGACGCCGCGCGAGUCAACCCGUGUCAAGCCGCGUAAGCUCCCGGGCUGACAGCUGGGAGGCAGCUGGCGCAGGCGGCGCCCCUCGACGAUGUCCCCUCCUCCCGCGUCGACCCGCCAGAAUUGAGUCCUCGCCCACUCCCGGGACCGCAUCCACCUCCUUAAGGGAAGCCAGUUCCACCCAGUGUCUUCCAUCCCUGCCCUGGCAAUCCCAUCUGCUCACAGCAAGCUGGAGGGAGAAUGAGCCGAAGCCUUCUGUUUUCACACGCUGAGAACAGCUGAAGCUGGAGCCAGAGUGGCCUUCAGCACUGCUCACUUCCAGACUUUUCUUGUCCCUUUGCUCUGUAACUCAAUGACCUUCUUAUUGUCCAGGUCUCUCUUCUGCCUAUCAGAGUUAUCUAGGCAAGGUCCCUGAGGUCAAGGGACACCUUCAUCCCCCUCACCAACCUAACCUCACUAUGGAACCACCUCAGGCAGAGCCCCCAGCACCCAGUGAGGCCAGCAGUGCAGAAGCUGUUGAAUCUGAAAACCAUGAGGCUCUGUCCAGACCAGAAAAACACCCACAGGACAACCCUCAGGACGAGGGUGUUGUAGGGCCUGAUGAGGCAGCUGGACAACAGGAGCGAGGAGACCAGGCUUUGCCACCAGCCCAGGAUGCGGACAAUCUUGAGUGUCCUCCUCCUGAAGCUAGCUCAAGUCCAUGCGGAACAUCACCUGAAGUAGAGACAAGAGAGCCGUGUUCUAAGCCACAGGAACUUCCCCAGUCCCCCAGGACCCAACAGCCUGAUCUGGAUCUCUACUGUGUCAAGUGGAUCCCCUGGAAGGGAGAACGGACCCCCAUUAUCACCCAGAGUACCAAUGGCCCUUGUCCUCUCCUGGCCAUCAUGAACAUCCUCUUUCUUCAGUGGAAGGUGAAGCUGCCCCCUCAGAAGGAAAUGAUCACAUCAGAUGAGCUCAUGACACAUCUUGGAAACUGCCUCCUAUCCAUCAAGCCCCAGGAGAAGUCUGAGGGCCUUCAACUUAACUUUCAGCAGAAUGUGGAUGAUGCAAUGACAGUGCUCCCUAAACUGGCCACAGGUCUGGAUGUCAAUGUGCGAUUCACAGGCGUCUCUGACUUUGAGUACACACCCGAAUGCAGCAUCUUUGACUUGCUGGGCAUACCUUUGUACCAUGGCUGGCUUGUUGAUCCACAGAGUCCCGAAGCUGUGAGUGCUGUUGGGAAACUGAGUUACAACCAGCUGGUAGAGAAAAUCAUCACCUGUAAACACUCCGGUGACCCCAACCUCGUGACAGAAGGCUUGAUUGCAGAGCAGUUCCUGGAGACCACUGCGGCUCAGCUGACCUACCAUGGCCUGUGUGAGCUUACAGCCACUGCUAAGGAAGAUGAACUCAGUGUCUUUUUUCGAAACAACCACUUUAGCACGAUGACUAAGCACAAGAGUCACUUAUACCUACUGGUCACUGACCAGGGCUUUCUACAGGAGGAGCAGGUGGUGUGGGAGAGCCUACAUAAUGUGGAUGGCGACAGUUGCUUUUGCGACUCUGACUUCCACCUGAGUCAUUCCCUAGGCAAAAGCCAUGGAGCAGAGGGUGCGGGUGGCUCUCCCGAGAAGCAGCUGCAGGUGGACCAGGACUAUCUUAUUGCCUUGUCCCUGCAGCAGCAACAGCCACAAGGCAUGCUGGGCCUUAGCGACCUGGAACUGGCCCAGCAACUUCAACAAGAAGAAUAUCAACAGCAGCAAGCAGUUCAACCUGUGCCAACAAGGGCCCCUUCGCCCCAGGGGAGAGGAGCCACAUCUGGACGCCCAGCUGGAGAGCGGAGACAGAGGUCGAAGCUUGAGUCAGACUGUGUUCUGCUCUAACUCUGCCCCACCCAUCGUUGACCCACCCCUUCUUUCAGAGGCAGGAUCCCCCACCUCAACCCCUGAGGCAUACAGGGUAACUUAUGUGCCGCUGGGGGUCAGAGCAGGCAACAGAUGCCAAGGUCAAACUUGGUUCGGUCCUUGCCUUUCUGUGUUGCUGUCUUCUCUUCGAGCCAGGGCCACAUGGGAUGUGGGGCUGGAUAGUCUCUGGUUCCCAACUCCCAACGACUAUACCCACCCAGGCUGAUAGCUGAGAAACAUAACUGGAAUGAAUGUCUGUGUCCCUGCCUGCCAGGUUGCCCCUGGCUACCGCACAGGCCCAUCUCGGUUUGUUUUAGGGUUUGAUUUGGGUUUCUAUCUUUAUUAUUUGUAAUGCCUUCCUAGGGGGCUGGAAAUAAAAACUUCUUUACUGAGA